AUGAAGCUAACGCCCCUGGUGAUCCAAGACGCUCCCAACGUCAUCAACCCUGAAGGGAAACUCACCCUUUCCCUUCGCGAUUUGGGAGUUUCAGAUAUCGACAGUCUACAUUUGGCCAAUGAAGCCUUUGCUGUAGUGGAUUUGACCAACAACAUGCUUGACGAGGCUGGACUGCUCCCCACUUGGGAAGCAUUGGAAACCGUUUUACUUGCCAAUAAUAAUAUUUCUGCCAUUGGAGAUAUGAAAGACGUGGCCUUGAAUUCGCUUCUGCUCGCUCUGAAUAAUUUGAUUUCUCUUAAGCUGUUGGUAAACUUGAGAACACUUGACAAGAUUCACACACUCUUACUACUAGGCAACCCCGUCUGCAAGGAGCACCACUACCGGCAAUUUGUUAUCUGGCUACUCCCGACACUUCUGGUACUUGAUUGUGAGAAGGUCAAGCAAAGCGAACGAAGAAGUGCAAUUGAUCUUUUUGGAGAGUCCUUCGACACAGCUACUGCUGCUGCUGUGGCACUCUUGCACGGAGGUGAAGAGGCCAAGCCUGUAGCAAAAGAGACUAGAAUGAUGAACACUACCGUUAGUCGACUCAGCAAGGAAGAGAAGGAGAAGUUGGUUGCUCAGUUAGCCAGUGCACAGACCAUGGAGGAGAUGGAGCUCAUCCAAGCCAAGUUACGGGAUGGAACAGUUUAG